UCGGGGGGUGGGGGGGGAAAGAUGGCGGAACUGAUGCUCAUCAGCGAGAUCGCGGACCCGACGCAUUUCUUCACCAACAAUAUUCUGAGCCCGGAGGACUGGGACAGCCCCUUGUACAAUGCCUUGGAUGAAGAGGCCGAGGCGCAGACAGAGCUUUUCCGCUGCGUGGAGCAGGAUGUCCCGUUCGACAGCGGCUCCCUGGAUGUGGGGAUGGAUAUCAGUCCCCCUGAACCUCCGUGGGACUCCCUGCCUAUCUUCCCAGAUCUUCAGGUGAAGUCUGAGCCAUCUUCCCCCUGUUCUUCCUCCUCUCUCAGCUCAGAAUCAUCACAUCUCUCCACAGAGCCCUCCAGCCAGGUGCCUAGAGUACAGGAGGUACUGCAUGUGAAGACAGAGUCCUUAGCACCUCCACUCUGCCUCCUGGGAGAUGACCCAGCAUCACCAUUUGAAACUGUCCAGAUCACUGUGGGCUCUGCCUCUGAUGAUCCUUCAGAUAUCCAGACCAAGGUAGAGCCUGUCUCUCCAUCUUCCUCUGUCAACUCUGAGGCCUCCCUGCCCUCAGCAGACUCCCCUAGCCAGGCUUUCACAGGAGAGGAGGUGCUGGAAGUGAAGACAGAGUCCCCGUCCCCUCCAGGGUGCCUCCUGUGGGAUGUCCCGGCCCCAUCACUUGGAGCGGUCCAGAUUAGCAUGGGUCCAUCCCCUGAUAGUUCCUCAGGCAAAGCUCCACCCACCCGGAAGCCACCACUGCAGCCCAAACCUGUGGUGCUAACCACUGUCCAGAUGCCACCUAGAGCUGUGCCUCCCAGCACCACCGUCCUCCUGCAGCCCCUCGUCCAGCAGCCUGCAGUGUCCCCAGUUGUCCUUAUCCAAGGUGCUAUUCGAGUCCAGCCUGAAGGGCCAGCACCCACGAUUCCACGGCCUGAGAGGAAGAGCAUCGUCCCAGCUCCUAUGCCUGGGAACUCCUGCCCACCGGAAGUGGAUGCAAAACUGUUGAAGCGGCAGCAGAGAAUGAUCAAGAACCGAGAGUCAGCCUGUCAGUCCCGGAGAAAGAAGAAAGAAUACCUGCAGGGGCUGGAGGCGCGUCUGCAGGCAGUGCUGGCCGAUAACCAGCAGCUGCGCAGGGAGAAUGCUGCCCUCCGGCGGCGGCUGGAAGUACUGCUGGCCGAGAACAGCGAGCUCAAGUUAGGGUCUGGAAACAGGAAGGUGGUCUGCAUCAUGGUCUUCCUUCUCUUCAUUGCCUUCAACUUUGGACCUGUCAGCAUCAGCGAGCCUCCUGCAGCUCCCAUCUCUCCUCGGAUGAGCAGGGAGGAGCCUCGACCCCAGAGACACUUGCUGGAGUUCUCCGAACAAGAGCCAGUUCAUGGAGUUGAACCCCUCCACAGGUCCUUCCAGGCCCCUGAGGAGCUGCAGCCUAGCCCUGUAGGUCAGCAGCCCAGUUUCAGGAACCUGACAGCCUUCCCUGGAGGGGCCAAGGAGCUCCUCCUGAGAGACCUGGACCAGCUCUUCCUCUCCUCUGACUGCCGGCACUUCAACCGAACUGAGUCCCUCAGGCUUGCUGAUGAACUGAGUGGCUGGGUCCAGCGUCACCAGAGAGGCCGGCGGAAGAUACCUCAGAAGGCACAGGAGAGACAGAAGUCUCAGCUUCGGAAGAAGUUGCCUCCAGUUAAGGCAGUCCCUACUCAACCCCCGGGACCCCCAGAGAGGGGUUCUGUGGGCCAGCUGCAGCUGUAUCGCCAUCCAGACCGUUCCCAGCCAGAGUUCUUGGAUGCCAUUGACCGACGUGAAGACACAUUUUAUGUAGUCUCCUUCCAAAGGGAUCACCUGCUGCUCCCAGCCAUUAGUCACAACAAGACCUCCAGGCCCAAGAUGUCCCUGGUGAUGCCGGCCAUGGCCCCCAAUGAGACCCUGUCAGGCCGGGGGGCCCCGGGGGACUAUGAGGAGAUGAUGCAGAUCGAGUGUGAGGUCAUGGACACCAGGGUGAUUCACAUCAAGACCUCCACGGUGCCCCCCUCGCUCCGAAAACAGCCCUCCCCAAGCCCCGGCAAUGCCACAGGUGGCCCCUUGCCAGCCAGUCCGGCCCACCAGGCCUCCCCACAAGCCCUCUACCUCAAUCAUCCCUGACCUCUGCAGCUCACACUGAAUUAGACCUGGGGGUGGGGGGGUGCAAAGGGACCUACUGGGACAGUUUCAACUUUCCCUGAUCCCUCGGCCGGGGUAAAGGAAAGACAGGGUGUGGGGUUAGGCACUUAACUUGGGGGUAGGGUGAUUUACCCCUGUCCUCGCCCCUUUUCACAAUAUAGGGCUCAUCUCAUGCCUAUGAACCCCCAAGUCCUGCCUCCUCCUCUGAGGGUUACUGAGCAAACUUUACUUUGGGGGUGGGUGGGCUCCUGUAUACUCCUUAUUCUUUAGUUUCUCUGGGAGUAAAGAUGAGCAUUUAGUCCCCAGGUGGGACAAGGGGGGGGACAAGUUUUUACAUUUUGGAGCUGGUUAGCAGGAGUACAGGAGGGUGGUGGAGGGAGAUCAGUUUACGUGUGUGUGUUAUCUUCUUCUUUUUUUAAUUAUGAAAUAAACAACUUGGAGGGAGUUAAAGGCA